UAGCCAAGAGUAACAACGACCGGACAUUUACAGAGCUCUCGUCAGCCAAACAUAUGGCAAAAAUAUACGUUGUUCUUUCUUUUUAUGUGGUGUGCACUACAUUUUAAAAAUUCCGCCGAAAAAGAGAAGACGAUUUUCCGAAACAUUUUCGCCGUUAUCUCACGGCUUCCUCUUCUCUUUACAGGUGUAUAACUGCUACCCAGAAGGCCUAGGGGCGGCCCUUUACCGGGUGCGCUUUGACUUCAACGCUGAGCCGCCUUGGGAUCCCAGCUGAUAGCGGGACACGGCCAUCUACAGACUUGCCCAUGACCCACGGCUCAGUCGCGACUUUGACCUGACUACUACUUCUUUAUGAUUGUCUGCUGAAUACGGUUGAGAUGAAAGGACUCGCUGACGAACUAAACCACACGAUCGAACUCCUGGAGGGAGGAACCACCCUGGAAGAUGUCAUCGAUGGACAUGUUUACGAACAAGCUCUGGCUGAAAAGAGUGUGUUUGUAGUGUCUGACCUUGGGUCCCUGAUGAGACAGCAUGUCCAGUGGCAGCUCACCAUGCCCCAGAUCAGGCCCUACUACCAGGUCCAAUCCAACAGCAGCCCGGUUGUCAUCGAGGUCCUGGCCUCUCUCGGCCUCGGCUUCGUCUGUGCUAACAAGGCUGAAGUCAGUCUGGUGUUGGAACACGGCGUGCCCCCUGAAAACAUCAUCUUCUCUGGAGUUUGCAAACAGCUGUCCCACAUCAAACAUGCAGCCAAGAAUGGCGUCGACCUCUUGGUGUGCGACAGCGAGACGGAACUCUGCAAGAUAGCCCGUUCUCACCCCAAUGCCAGGCUGCUGGUUCAGGUAACUACAUGGGCCCAGGCAGCAGAGACCAGCAUGGAGUUUGGCUGCUCUCUGAAGAGCUGUCGGCGCCUGCUGGAGACGGCCAAGGACCUGGGGGUGCAGGUGGUGGGCGUUACGUUCCACAUUCCCAGCUCCUGCAAGGACCUGCAGGCCUACACCCACGCGCUGUCGGAUGCCCGCUGUGUGUUUGACAUGGGGGCAGAGUUGGGGUUCAACAUGAGCAUCCUGGAUAUUGGUGGUGGAUUCUCUGGCUCAGAGUUUCAGCUCAAACAGGUUCAUACCGCUGUCACACUGCUGCUGGAUGCCUACUUCCCCACGCUGUCUGGAGUGCAGGUCAUCGCUCAGCCUGGUAGCUACUACGUCUCCUCUGCCUUCACUCUGGCUGUCAAUGUCAUCGGCAAGAAGGUUGUGGCCCGGGACUGGAACGGCCUCGCUCAGGAUGAGCUGACGCCAGAUGACGAGCCAGAGUUCCUGUACUACCUGAACGAUGGCGUCUACGGGUCUUUCUCCAGCAAGCUGCUAGGAAGCACCAUCCCUGCCCCGGCUGUGCACAAGAGGGGGUCUACGGCGGAGGAGCCAGUGUUCUCCAGCAGCCUGUGGGGUCCAUCAUGUGACAGCCUAGACCAGCUGGUAGACCACUGCCUGCUGCCUGAGCUCAGCCCUGGAGACUGGCUGGUCUUUAACAACAUGGGGGCUGCUGGCCUGGGGGACCUGUCCUCCUUCAGUGACCCCUCAGCCAUCAGACCACCUGUCUACUACACUGUCUCCACUGCUGACUGGUACAACAUACAGGAGGCUGGGAUCGCUGUGGACAACAUCAUGAAGAACUUCUCCAUGGUCCUGUACGGUGCAUAGCUCUGUCCCUCUCCGUUGUGACAUCCUAGAGAGAUCUCCUGGGCUUUCAGUGGUCGACAUUCCAACAGCCUUGGAAAAUGCAGUGUUCAACUUUCCAGGAAGGUUGAAAUAGACUUGUGAUUUCCUGGGAACAGAAAACGAUUUAUUGGUGACCCAUAACUCAAUUCUCAAUUUGUUUAGGAAAAAAGAAAAAGAUCAACGUUUUAUCCCUCUUCCUACUCGCCCCUCUUCCUCCUCACCCCUCCUCCUCAGUCAGUUAGAAAACAACACGUUUAUCCCUCUUCCUACUCGCCCCUCUUCCUCCUCACCCCUCCUCCUCAGUCAGUUAGAAAACAAUACGUUUAUCCCUCUUCCUACUCGCCCCUCUUCCUCCUCACCCCUCCUCCUCAGUCAGUUAGAAAACAACACGUUUAUCCCUCUUCCUACUCGCCCCUCUUCCUCCUCACCCCUCCUCCUCAGUCAGUUAGAAAACAAUACGUUUAUCCCUCUUCCUACUCGCCCCUCUUCCUCCUCACCCCUCCUCCUCAGUCAGUUAGAAAACAACACGUUUAUCCCUCUUCCUACUCGCCCCUCUUCCUCCUCACCCCUCCUCCUCAGUCAGUUAGAAAACAACACGUUUAUCCCUCUUCCUACUCGCCCCUCUUCCUCCUCACCCCUCCUCCUCAGUCAGUUAGAAAACAAUACGUUUAUCCCUCUUCCUACUCGCCCCUCUUCCUCCUCACCCCUCCUCAGUCAGUUAGAAAACAACACGUUUAUCCCUCUUCCUACUCGCCCCUCUUCCUCCUCACCCCUCCUCCUCAGUCAGUUAGAAAACAACACGUUUAUCCCUCUUCCUACUCGCCCCUCUUCCUCCUCACCCCUCCUCCUCAGUCAGUUAGAAAACAACACGUUUAUCCCUCUUCCUACUCGCCCCUCUUCCUCCUCACCCCUCCUCCUCAGUCAGUUAGAAAACAACACGUUUAUCCCUCUUCCUACUCGCCCCUCUUCCUCCUCACCCCUCCUCCUCAGUCAG